AUGGACAGUCCUGAUGGAAGACCUCGCCGAGAGGCACCCAGCUCGUCGACAGCCGUGCUCUUCGACCCAGAGCAAGUUCGGAAGCUAUAUCACUGCCUGCACAACUUGGAGACAAACGCUGGAACCCUCUCCGUUGCGAAGGAUGUCUUAACUGGAUCAUUGAAAGAAGCGGAUCAUUUCAACCAGACGACUUCUGUGACCGAUGGCAUACACAUCAUUGGGUCAUACACUCCAAAUGCUCUCCGGAUCUGGCUCGACAAUGGAGACGCCAUGGUCAUGAAGGAGUUUGAGAAGUACUCGACUCGCAGAGCCAAUGGAGGAUCAAGAGAGCUACUCCCUGGACGAGAGGAAGCGACUGCAUGGCUGCGAGCGCAGGCUCCUUUGCGAUUCGUGGACGGUGCAUGGCUGGGUCAUAUCAGCCGAGUACAAAUGCCUUGGGCACACGCCGGAGUCGUCCGCCAGUUGUGGCAAAUUCUGUCGGAGGAACUCGGCGACGGGGAUAUCGAGAAGCAUCACACUCGCCUCUUUGCUCAACUGCUGCGAUCUUUUGCUCCAGAUGUACCGGACGCUCCUUCCCCGGACUUCCUGGAUCGACGCCACGGAGCGACCAACGAGAAGAUAUGGAGAUCUGCUGUCCUGCAGUCGAUUGUAUCGCUGUUUCAAGAGAGCUUCCUGCCUGAGAUACUCGGAUUCAACCUGAACUUUGAGCGUAUUUCUUUUGAGAUGCUGAAAGCUAUGAUUGAGCUUCGAGAGCUCAAAUUAGAUCCGACAUACUUCAUGCUGCACGUGUGCAUCGACAACGCGGCAUCGGGUCACACUGCAGUUGCCUUGGAUGCGGUUUGCUCUUAUCUGGCAGGCAUUAGAGAGCAACAUGGUUACGAUGCUGAGCAACAGGCUUGGAGAAAGAUCCAAGCGGGCUAUGCUCUUUCCGACGGAAGAUGGCACGAGAAGCCUCCCCUGGAUGUCAAGGCAUUUGAGCACCUUCAGCAAUCCGUUGCAGCCAUAUUUGAAUCGAAAGCCAAAGCAGGAUCAAGUGCCCACCUCAUGUGUAAAGGUAGCAUUAAAGGUCAGCGCAUCACAGACUGGCUCGAUUUGAAUCAUAUUGGUAGCUCAGCCUGGUGGGCUCGUUUGGUACAGUCUUUGGGUGAAUCUCGAGCGUGGAUUGUUCCUGGAGAGAGCGAACGAAGCCGGUUUGUCAAGGAACUAUCAUGGGGUGGUCGCAUGUUCGGGGCGUUCACCGAAGCCGAAUGUCAUGAGGUGCGCCGUUGGGUCGCCAUACUACCAUUGAGAUCAUCACGGCCUGGUACUGUACGCUCGGUGCCCAUUCCGGACGUCGACGUUGCCACUCAUCAUGUGGCGCCAUACAUGCGAAUUGACCAUGCCUUGCAUACUCUUGAAACCCACCGAGGACGCAUACUGGCAACGCCAGCUGAUCCCUCCGCAACGGAGUGGAUCUACGACAUAGACGUCAGUGGAUUGGAGCAUUGCCAGUUCCUGGGAGCGAUCUGGUUCUCGCAUUUCUGCCUCCUUGAAAAGUUUAUCGCUUUGCCGUCGAGAUGCGGCGAUCCAUUGGGUGCUCUGGUCCUUCGCGUGCUGCGAGCCCAAGAUGGCAUCGGCCUCAAUGACCAUCAUACGGACCAGCGAUACACUGCAACGCCCACAGGUCCAGACGAAGGGCUCAUUUUCAACUUGGGCCAUCAAAUCUUGCACUUUCAUGGUCUCCAGCCCGCAGCUUCACUUUCGGAUCAGAUCUCUGGACAACCUUGUGCAGACUUGGCCGAGACCAUGUUCUCGGUCGCCGCGGCACCCGUUCAGUGUAGAGGCAUGUUACUUGGGAUGGCAUCAGCAUUUAUCAGUCUGCACUCUGCCAUUGCUGCCUCUUCGAUACUGGAUGCACACUCCCGCUCGAAGCUAUACCGAGUCGUAGACUUAGAAGAGACCGAGCUUCUAUCGUGUUUACUUAUGCUUGCCGAUGACCAGCGGCAUGAAUUCGCUAAAGGCUUCGAAUUCAUCAGGAUUCAGCUCAGCACGCUGUUCAAAGUCGAAGCCGGACACGAAAGUCACUGA